CCCACCACCACCAGCCUACCACCACCGAGCGACCACCACCAGCCCACCACCACCAGCCACCACCACUAGCCUACCACCACUGGGCCACCACCACCAGCCCACCACCACCGGGCCACCACCACCAUCCCACCACCACUAUCCCACCACCACCAGUCUACCACCACCAGCCUACCACCACCGGCCCACCACCACCGGCCCACCACCACCAGCCUACCACCACCCGCCCACCACCACCGGCCCACCACCACCGGGCCACCAACACCGGGCCACCACCACUGGCCCACCACCACCACCAGCCCACCACCACCAGCCACCACCACUAGCCUACCACCACCACCAGCCCACCACCACUGGGCCACCACCACCGGCCCACCACCACCGGGCCACCACCACCAUCCCACCACCACCAGCCUACCACCACCGGGCGACCACCACCAGCCCACCACCACCAGCCACCACCACUAGCCUACCACCACUGGGCCACCACCACUGGGCCACCACCACCGGCCCACCACCACCGGGCCACCACCACCAUCCCACCACUACUAUCCCACCACCACCGGCCCACCACCACCAGUCUACCACCACCAGCCUACCACCACCGGCCCACCACCACCGGCCCACCACCACCAGCCUACCACCACCGGCCCACCACCACCGGCCCACCACCACCAGCCUACCACCACCGGCCCACCACCACCACUGCCUGUAG